AUGGUCUGGGACAGUGGCUGUGGUCUGAGACAACUCUGGGCCCUGUCUUCACCACCACACAACCUUUCAGGUUGGAUGAUACACGGCAUAGGAUAUUACUGGAAGCGUUGGUCGGCAUAUGUACAGCAGCAGUACCUGUGGUCUGAGACAUCCAGAGUUCUAUAUCCGCACAUCUUGCCUGAAUUUAUUGUAACCAUCCUUUUACUUUGCAUAAUCGUUGAGAAUACAGGCAGUUUGUGUGGCAGAGAGAUCAACAACUCUUUGUGCCGGAUGGUGCAGAGACAGGAUUGCCGGACGCGUUGGUCGGCACAUUGUCUGUGGUCUGAGACAACUCUGGGCCCUGUUUCCAUCACCACACAACUGUUCUUUCUUGGUGGUGGUGCUGCAGAUAGGAUUGCUGGAGGCAUUAGUUCACAACAUACACCG